GGGAACGUUCGAUUCCUUCAACAACAGCAGUAGCUAGUAACAACAAUAACAAUGACGGAAUACAAACUGGUAGUGGUCGGCGCUGGAGGCGUUGGCAAAUCUGCACUCACGAUACAGCUCAUCCAAAAUCAUUUUGUGGACGAAUACGAUCCAACCAUCGAAGAUUCUUAUAGGAAGCAGGUGGUGAUUGAUGGCGAAACAUGCUUGUUAGAUAUUCUGGAUACAGCAGGUCAAGAAGAAUACUCGGCUAUGCGUGAUCAGUAUAUGAGAACCGGUGAAGGCUUCUUGCUUGUAUUUGCGGUGAAUAGUGCCAAAAGUUUCGAAGAUAUAGGAACCUACCGAGAGCAAAUCAAACGCGUCAAAGAUGCUGAAGAAGUCCCCAUGGUGCUUGUCGGUAACAAGUGUGAUCUGCAGGCGUGGGCCGUAGAUAUGAAUCAAGCGAGAGAUGUGGCCAAACAGUACGGUGUUCCAUUUGUUGAAACGUCCGCCAAGACCAGAAUGGGGGUCGAUGAUGCCUUCUACACGCUCGUUCGAGAGAUCCGCAAGGACAAGGAAAGAGGGAAAAAGAACCGAAACAACAAAAAAUUUGGUUCAAGUCGUCGGUUCAAAUGUCGACUGCUGUAAUUUCGUUUAAGAGAAUCGAACGCUGCCCGCUAUUUUACUUUUACAAUUACACUGUCUAUGCAUGGGAAAGUAUGUGAACCUUUCUACAACCGCACAACUAAGCAACACUCAAUAUGUGUUGAUGAUCGUUCCCUUUACCAAUCUGCAAAAAUCACCACAAAGAAGAUACAAAAUCUACAUUUAUCCGCAAUAUGAAAUUUUUUACUAUUGUUGUACCAGAACUAUCCGUAGUCUUGUUGAAGCGCUUUAAAUGCGGAUUGGAAUACAGGAAAUCAGUAAACGACCACAGCGAGGAAACAAAAUAAGAAACGAUUCAACUAAAAUGGCAACCAAUUAGCUUUAGGAGAAAAUUACGAAAAUCUUUUAAAUUUUUUUAUUUUUUUUUUGUUUUAUCAUGCAAUGUAUUUUUUUUUAAAUUCUACUCUUUUAUCUCAGUGCUAUCUAUUAUGCUUGUAAUAAAACAAUAACCAUAAUAAGGUAACUAGUAGCUGGAAUUUGUUCUUAUCCAGAAUGCAAUGUCUGAAUUUGAGUAAGUAGCAUUUAACUAACGUUGACAACGCCUUGGCGGAAAAGAACCUUUUUCACGAACACAAUACAAAAGAAUGAAUUCUUCGUCUACUUAUAACAAAGUGCAUGUGUCUGGAAAAUUUCUAAAAAAAAGUAAACAAUAAUCCAUUUUGUAAUCGAAUGUAAUCAAUCAACUAGGGAAAAAAGCGGUCCGAGGUAUGUUCAAUUAUUUUUAGUUGCAGAAAACAUGUGAAGCGUGAUAUACCAUUUGAGCUUGGAUUGUUUUAUUACAUGAUGGUAGGCAGGUUUCAAAUUGGUUUCCAGUUUUCUCACUGUUCUAAUGUUAAUCAAUUUUCCGUGUAACCAUUUUCAGCAUAACAGUAAUUAUUGAACGUUGCAUGCGCAGUAUGACAUAUGCUGUCAUAAGCGUAAGGAGGACAACAUGAAACUACUCAUACACAGUAUCUAAAUCACUAGCAGGAAACAAUUAUUUGUCAAUCUAUAACGUAUUCAGACAAAUGGACAAUGGUUAUAAUGUACAAUAGUAUGACUCGUGUUUACCCUUCCUAAUUUUAAUCAGUCCCACAAGUAAACACCGAACUUCACAAAUCGAUAUUAAUACGUUGGAAAAUUAAUUGCACUUGCUGAAAGUUUACUCAAUAUCUCAUCAAAUAAGAACUGAGCAGACAAUUAUACUGCAUACCUUCAUAAACGCAUUGAAAACAAAUAUGAAGCAACUAGUGUAAAGAAAUGGUUGAUCAGCAAAUCUGCGCAGAAAUAUAAUUGGCAUAUAAUGUAAAAAUUCCAAAUUUUUCACUAAUGUGAAGCAAGCAUAUUUUAUUAGUAAAGAGUAAAUCAAGAACAAAGUUCCAAUGAACUUGUUUAGUAAAAAAUACUACACAAGUAAAGAAAAUAGCGUAAUAAAGGAAGGGUACAGUGUUUGCUUACGCGUUAGUGGUCUAUCAAGAGCAACAAAUGCGUCGAAUUCUACUUUUAGCAGUAAAAACGGAUGUGUGCGCUCAAACAAAUUUCCAGUGCGCUUAAUGACGAUAGUCUACUGAUGGAUAAGAUAUUCACUGUUGUAAGGCGAAUGUAGUAAAAAUAUUGAACAAAUAAAAUUUAUGAGACGUAUUCAAUCUAACAA